AUGUCUGAUUUGUUCCGAUGCCGGGCAUCAACGUGGAGUGCUGGUGCAAUUCCAGACCACCACGAACACGACCCAGAUCAGCCACGUAUUGGGGGAUUUGAUUAUGGUGACUGUGCGGCCUCUGUCUCAGCAGCUGCAGCUGCUGCUCUUGCACUUCACAGCGCCAAUGCCUCAGGAUCUCCUAUUGAUCCAGUCUCAGCCAACACUGGAACUGGCAGUUUCCACUACUCUCCCACCGAUUUAACCUCUCAGGAAUUCUCCAAUAACUCUCGUCGCCAUCCCAUGCUUGACAAGGCCCCCUCUGAAACCACUUCCGAUUACGCACAAAACUUUUUUAAUUCUUCUCCCCCUCCACGGGGUUCGAUAGAUUGGAGUACAUCUGGGACCUUUGCUCAGUCAAACUUCUCAGUUUUGUCAGUUACCGCUAACUCACCCUUCGGUGGGCAUCAUACCGAUAAUUCUGGUAGUCUCUUAACUCCCUACGGGGGCUCCUCUCCUUACGCAAAUGGUCAACAACAGCAGCAGCAGACCUCUCAACCUGGUCUUCAUUCCGGGUCGCCAAGUUCUGUCGGAAGUCAGUUGUCAAAUAUAAUGAGUGGUGGAUUGAGCUCUAAUACUCCAACAACAACAACAACACCGACUACUCAAUCGUCGGGAAAUGGAGGAGCAUCGGGUUCAGCAGCAAAGAGACCAGCUAGACGAAAUCCCUGGGGUUCGGAAACAUAUUCAGAUCUCAUUGCCAAAGCGAUCGAGUCCUAUCCAGACAAACAGGCCACACUUCAACAAAUCUACGAUUACAUCUCCACAAAUUACACGUAUUUCAGGGAAAGGAGUGAUCCACCAGCGUCUGCCGGUUGGAAAGCAAGUUCUCUUUUUAAUACUUUCUUUACUUUGGGGGGAAAGACUGUGGCUAUUCAUUCUCCCACACGUGUCUACGCGUUUUUUUUUGUUUCAUGA